AGGACGCACGUUGAUGUUCCGGAACACGACCGAUUGAAAAAUAGCCACAAUGCAAAGCGGUUUAUCACAUUGGAAGUAAUCACUGUGAACGAGUGUCAAAUCCAAGUAUGGCGCUUCAUAAACUAUUCCGGUUGUCCUCGCUGUUCCGCUCCGCGGUGUCAUUGACACUGCGCAGGAAUUUCGGCCUGUCUGCUGUCCUCUUCAACCAGGCCAAGGACCUGGACCCUAUCCAGAAACUAUUCCUAGACAAGAUCCGCGACUACAGCWCCAAGAGCAAGGCUGCAGCAGGUGGGAUUGUUGAUGCAGGCCCCUCUUACGAAAAGGGUGUCUCAGAGGAGAUCACCAAACUGCAGAGGUUAUACGGGACCGGUGACCUCACCAAAUUCCCUGACUUCAAAUUUACAGAGCCCCAGCUGCAGGAAGUGGCCAAGUGAACACUGGCCAUGAUGACGUUGUCUCUGUCCUACAURUCACCACUAUAAUGUACUAUUUAAUAAAUGAUGUUGGAUUAAAUGUGA